AUGUGCGCCAGGCUAUGUGGGGAACCCCAGCGUGCGGGGGCAGAAGUGUGUACCUGUGGACCGAGCCCCUUUCGUGGUACGAGUCCACCCGCCAAAGACCACGGUCUCACAGGGUGGUGAAGUGACGCUGCGCUGCCAGGCCAGCGGCAGCCCGCCCUACUACUACUCCUGGUCGCGGGAGGAUGGGCGCCCCGUGCCCAGCACUGCCCAGAGCAGACGGCAAGGUGAAGAGCUCCACUUCCCCAGCAUCCAGCCCUCCGAGGCUGGUGUGUACGUCUGUACCUGCCGCAGCCUGCAGCACAGCAAUGCCAGCCGGGCGGAGGUCGUUGUCACGGAGGCCCCCAGCAAACCCAUCACGGUCACCGUGGAGGAGAAGAGGGUCCAGAGUGUGAAGCCUGGAGCUGACGUCACCUUCAUCUGUACGGCCAAGAGCAAGUCUCCGGCCUACACACUGGUCUGGACACGCCAGAACCACGGCAAGCUGCCACGCCGCGCCAUGGACUUCAACGGCAUCCUCACCAUCCGCAACGUGCAGCCCGAGGACGCCGGCAUCUAUGUCUGCACCGGCUCCAACAUGCUGGACAUGGCUGAGGGCACGGCCACACUGCACGUGCAAGCCCCUCCUAAGACUCAGAUGUUUUAUGGACCCAUCGAAGUCAUGGAAGGCCACAGACCCUCUGCCACCGCCGUCCUGCCCACGGCCACCAUCGAGCCAGCACAGCUGACGGUCCAGCCAGGCCAGCCGGCUGAGUUCCACUGCAUUGCCACCGGGAGCCCCCCGCCCACUGUGGAGUGGAUCG